CUACACUUUUCGCGUUAAAAGAUCAACAUUUACACUAAAGACUGUUACAAACAAGUAUUUAAGCUAAAUUUAUAGCAGCAUAUUCUCAAAAUGAGUGAUGAUAACGUGAAACGUUGUUUCAAGGUAUUCAAAAUGAAGGGAUCUACAUUGGAUACGAUUAGCUGUUUCCUCGCCGAGCUAAUUGGCACCGGCAUUCUGGUGUUCCUCGGCUGCAUGGGAUGCGUUAAAUCCGAUCUCUUCCCCAACAACCAUCUGCAGAUGGUGCUCAACUUUGGUUUCGCCGUCUUGAUUGCCAUUCAAUGCUUUGGCUGUGUGUCGGGCUCACAUUUCAAUCCCGCCGUCACCGUUGCUGCCUACAUCUAUGAUCUGGUCUCAUGGCACAUGGCUUUGCUCUACUUUGUUGCCCAAUUGUUGGGCGCAUUCAUUGGCUAUGGCCUGCUCAUCACAUUGAUACCAGACUCUGUCAAGGGAAUUGGUGCUGGUCUCUGUGUGACAUUGCCCCAUCCUCAGAUCUCGAGUCCACAGGCCUUUGGCAUUGAAUUCACUGCCACAGCCAUUCUGAUCAUCGUUUGCUGCGGUGUCUGGGAUCCACGCAAUGCCAAGCAUCACGAUUCGGUUGCCAUUCGCUUUGGCCUCGCCGUUGCCUGCUUGGCUUGCGCUGCUGGUCCAUUCACCGGUGCCAGCAUGAACCCAGCCAGAUCUUUCGCACCUGCUCUGUGGAACAAGAACUUUGACAGCCACUGGAUCUACUGGCUGGCGCCUUUGAGCGGCGCUGCCGUCACUGCCAUCGCCUACAAGGCUGUCUUCAGGCGAGAAGUUGUCGAGGCGCAAGUCACAUCCGACGAGAAGCUGCGUCAGCUGGAGGAUGUGCAGCUCUCAUAGACAAUGUCACCACAAGUGCCAAAUAAAAAAGUACAUGCCAUGUCAGAGGACAAGGCAAAUCCCCCCUUACCCACUUAAACAAAUCAAAUUAGUUCUAAGCUUAGAAGGACAUGAACGAAUUUCAUAUUCAUGCUUAUGUUGUACACUAAUAUACAAUUUCGAUUAAUAAAGU